CCCAGCCCAUGGGCGUCGCCCUCCUGGUGGGCGGCGGCCAGCGCCCGCCCCCUGUCCUCCUCCUCCUCUUCUUCCUCUUCCUCCGCCUCCACGUCGGAGGUGUGCACCACCAGGUAGGAGGCGGCGGCCGCCUCCGCGUCCCCCUCGCCACCGCCGCCGCCGCCGGCCCCGCACGUCGACGACACCUCUCCUUCAGUUUCAACUUCGCUUGAACCUCCCGAUUCCGCAGAAUCCAUUGUUUUUUAUUUUCUAUUCAGUGCGAUUAAGUAAAUAACCUAUUCAUAUAACUGUCAAACAGCCUACACAAACAUUCCGACCGCAUAAACGGACACAAACCGAUUAGCGGUAAUUCCGGUAAAUGAUUUAUUUUAUACACAAUACAGACGUGUCACGUUUAAAGUUUAUUUUACAUCAAGUUUUGGAAUUAUCUCUCCUAAUAUCCCUUUGGACACAAUGAUAUUUAAGUUCAUAUAAAAAAAUUGUUAACGCUAUAUAAUUUACCAUAUAUUGGUAGUCAAACAUCAAACUUUCAAUGCGAAAAAGCGUCCGUAAAUCUUACACUUUCACAUUUUUCACAUCUGCAAUUCUUACACUUUCACAUUUUGAUAACCGCGUAAAAUUUGGAUUACAAUUAAUCACGCGUACACAAGCCAAAGCAAACCAACGCUACAUAUGAACACCCAGUGAACACCAGGACGCCAAUAACCUAACCUGCUUUCCUCCCUCCACUUCCCAAGUUGCCUCAGUUCGACCGCUGCAGCAGCGGUUUAUCGUCAUUCAUUUUUCUGUAUUCUUCACUUCUCUGUCUCGCACUGUGCCAUGUUAAUGUUUAAAAGGGGUAGACUGACAGUGCUUGCCACAUUGUGAUCGCUGUUCAGAAUAUCCGCAGCAGUUGGUGGUGGUUGGUGGGGCGAAGUUUUGGUUUAUAGGAGUCACGUGAAAUGUGUGGAAAGAUAUAAGUGGACCUAGAAUGGAGGUUAGAGGCUCUGUGAUCGUUGGAGAUGAUGGUGAAGAAAAUAGCAAGCCACCAAUUAAAGGAGGAUUUGCUGACCUUGGUCGACCACUAGAGCCUCAUGAAAAGGAUGAUGUGCCUCGCAUUCUCGUGAAAAUGUUCAGUAAUUUUGGUGCAAUUACCUACAUGGCAGUGAAAGACCAAAAGGCAGUGUUUGAGUUUAGCGACAGAACUGCCGUGCAAGAAAUUCUGAAAUGCAAGUUCCUGAAAGUGCAAGGAUCUCGUGUUGAUUGUGAACCAUUGCAAAGAUUUUUGCAUGUCGAGCGAUAUCAAUUCCAAGUGGAGCUCCACGCCGAUUUAAUGCAGCUGCAAAGUAAUAUGUACAAUGGAGAAAAUGAUCAGCACCCUGUUCAGCAGCAAAACCUGGGAGAAACUACAUUGAAACAAAUGAGUUUGGACAAUAGGUUGCAGUCAUUAUUUCUUUUUGUGAAGAUGUGGGCUCGUCUGCAAUGUUUACGUAGUGUAUCAGAGCCCCAUCAUUUUACCAGCUACGCUCUUGUUAUGAUGGCUGUCUUCUACCUCCAACAACUACCACAACCAGUAUUACCUCCCAUUAAGAAAUUAAUGGAGGAGCAUAAAGGAGAGCAACAAGUUAUAGCUGGUUGGCCAUGCAGCUUCACCCAAGAUAAAAAAGUUGUCCCAAAAACAAGAAACAGUUCGUCUCUUCUGGAACUCACCAGAGGCUUCUUUCAUUUCUACCAGUUCUUCCAUUUUGAAUGGAAAAUCAUCUGCCCAUAUUUAGGAAAAGCAAUUGAGAGGAAGGACAUGGAUGAUAUUUUGAAUCCAGAGGGAGAGUUGGGGUAUUUACUGCCAACGUAUGUCAACAACCUGCAGCAAGAUGAUGGUGAACCAUUGCAUACACGAUCAGCUGUUUGCAUUCAAGAUCCAUUUGAACAUUCACAUAAUCUGUCGCGUAGUGUCAAAGAUGAAAUUUUGAUGAAUUUUAUCUCUUCUUGUGGUCUUAUGUAUGAGAAGUUUUGUACUUUCUCUUAAUCUUUCUCUGUAUUCUUGACAAAUAAGUUAUUUAAGGACAGCUUCAAAUUAUUUUUCAAAUAACAAAAUUAAAAAAUAUUCUUACAUUUAAAGGUUUAUCAAAAAAAUAAUUUAAGUCUGCUUUGCAAGUGUAUUUAUAGAAUCUUAGUGUAUUUAUAGAAUGUUGAACCUUAAGUUAUUUUUUGUUUGUCUUCAAGGAUAGCAUGAUUUUUUUUUCCGGCAAACAGUAUCUUGUAUGUAAAUCUUGGAUAUAACAAAGUAAAAUGAUACAUUAUAUUCAGUAAAUGCUCUCAUGGAGUUACUUAAGACUGUUACAUUCAUAAGUAUUUUUCCUUCUUUCAUACAUAUUUGUUUGCACAUUAUCAUGAUAAUGGAUUUAUUCUGUGAUUAAAUUGGUCAGGUAUUUUAAUUAUAAUCUAAGAUUUUGACGUAUAAAUAUGAGAGAAAUGCCUUUCAAUUUCUGAUGAACAAAGCAGAAAUUGCCAUUAAACCAAUUCUAUUUUUAAAUCAAAAGUUCUGAGGAAUGUUAUCAGAGCACAUUAGUAUAGAGAGUUAUGAUGUGAUGUGUUCAAUUAUCAGUAUUUUCAACUUUUGUUUCUUAGAACCUUCUCUAUUUUGUAGACAUACUCUUACACUGUGACCUCAGGUGGAACUGUGAUCCCAUAAGAAUGCCAAGUGAAGAUUUGUCUUCUGCCAUCAGGAAAUGUGUGUGCAUGUAUAAAGGAAUCUUUAGAAACAAAGCCCAUCACUAUUUCAGGGCUUCCUGAAAAAGAAAAGAAAGAAGAAAAAACUUUAAAAAAAUUAUGUCUGAAUGAUUUGCUUUAAAUCAGUGAGCAUUUCUACAAUUUUUCAUUGGAAAACUUUCAGUUCGUUGAUGGGCAUCAGAGUCUCCACAUUCAGUGGCAAGCUUGAGGCUGUAUUUGUAUUAUAAAUAUUACCAGUAAAAUAAUACUUGAAAUGUUUUUUUCAGUUUGUUACUGCUCCAAACUGCUUUUGUUCUAACAAAAAGUGACUUUAUUUUGAAAAAAGACUGAAGGGAACGUUACCUAUGUACAUGUACAAUGAGAUAUUCAAUGUUGAAAUGUGAAAUUAUCACUCAUUUCUUCUUUUGCCAAUGCAAAU